UCAUUCCGGGAACUGACUGCAGCACUUCAACUGGUGCGCUCCAGAUAAUCAGUCCUCGAGGUUCCCUCGUACGGUUCGAAUCACUAUUUCCGCAUCGAAGACGCGCGUAUUUUAAACACCUUCUUGAGUGCCAUUGUUUGCCAGUGGAAGCAGACUUUUUAUAAUUAUGUGAAAUCAUUAUCCUUGCUCUCACGGUACGACGGAUGAGAACGGUCCAAUCCUUGGUGGAAUAAUACUUAUUGCCCAAGCAGGCAAUAUGCAAACUGGUUCACAGUAAAGCAGGGCCGGAAAAUUUCUGGAAAAGCGCCUUUUAAUUUCUUGCCACAUGUGCAGCAAAUCUCGGUUUUCCGCCGACAGACGCACUGUAAAAAUGGUUGGUGACAAUUAGUGCUAACAGCUGUUGUGAAUUGCAUCAGAACAAAAAAAAAAGUGGCAGGAAUUUUCUUCCAGUGCAAAUAAAUCCGUUAAGCGUGAAAUUUUUUUCUUGUGUAAAUUUGUUUGAGUGGAAAAUUAAAUUUUCUGUGGAAAUUCGCACGUGAAAGGCGUGAGAGAACAGGCGAGUGCUUCUAAAAGAAUAAAUUAUGCUCUCGCCAAGCAGCUUGGACGAAAUCAAGGAACGGAUAAGCAAAAAUGAAGAAAAAAUUCACGUGCUGCAAGCCAUCAACAACGUCCUGAAGGAGCGCCAUGAAAUCGAGUCCAACUACAAGAAUCUGGCGCUAAAGUUCCGCGACAUGCAAGAGGAGGAGUCCCUCCGGAGGGCGAAGGUUUGCAGUUUCGAUGAAGCACGCAAAAGGCAACUGGAAGAGCUACAGGCCAAAGGCGAGGCGCUCUGCCGGGAAAAGGCGAAACUACAGCACCAGAUCGAACACGUCACGUGGCACCUGGAGGGAUGCCGACGGAGGCGACCCUGCUUGGCACGGUUACCGGAGAACUGUCCGCUCAAGGGGGACGCGCCGAGCUGUUUGCCGCAUUCACCGGAGAAACUGAAGAUUAUGGCAAACAUGAAGAGUACUGCAGAUCAUCUGGUCCGUGGAAUCAUGGAUUUGCGGAAAAAGAUUCACAUCGUCCAGGAUAAGUUAGAACAUGAAGUUGCGCGCAAAAAGGAUAUGGAAAAGAAGUUGUCUGAACUGCGGAAGCAGAUCUGCCAACAUAAUAAAUGUAUGCAACAAGCGGGACAUCGAGAACACGCCCAUCACCAUGCUCACCAUCAUCACCAUCACGGGGGAGUAGGAGGUGGGGGUGCUGGAGCUGGGGGUGGAGGAGGUGGCCAUGGAGGCACCUUGUUGCCACCGAUCAAAAACUGCAUGGCGGCCAAAUAGCAGCGGGCCGCGUCGGAGCAGGUGAAGGGACAUCACCGGUCGAAGAAAAAGCAGAAGCACCAGUGUCCCCACGGGAACUACGUAAAACUACCGCGGCCGUGUUCGGGAGGGUUGGCAUGAGAUGAGUUCGAGGAGGAGUCAUUAGCCAUGCUUGAUUAGCAGUUGAUUUGCCAGAAAAGGGACGGGAUUUGUUACCAGGUUAUGUUUGAGAGCAGAGCAGAAUUGUGUUGUCCGAAUAUAAGUUGUUGUAUGAUGCAUCAAAUGCAAUUAGUUUAAACGGUUAAGUAGGGGAAAUAUAUUUAUGUUGCUUUAGACAAGUUCAAAUAUCAAAAUUUUAUAUGUAUUAAUAGCAAUGUACAGUUAUGUUUGCGUAAGAUUAAGCAUAGUGCUUUCAGCAUUCAUUACAUCUACAGUAAACUGCCGUUACCGAACACGUACUUCUCAUAUUAGAAAAUUUAGUUUUUCAUACUAUUCGAUGUAGUUCCACUAUAUGCUAUGAAUAAACUUACCUAACAACAGCAUUUUGAAAA